UAGGUGCUUCAUCGCGUUUCUGCUGCACCACACUGAAUGGAACUCAUUGAUUCACUCGUCUGCCUAACGUUCCAUCCGUCGCACAUGCAUGACUGCAUUACGCAUACCUAUUUCAGGCGCUUUUGCCAUUCUCAAACUCUUAUAUGGGUGGUCCUCUGCAAUCCAACAGUGUACUAUAGCAUCAAUUUCGCGACUGCCCUUACAGUGUUCGCUUGGGAUCCAAGCAAGUGCAAGUCAGCAUCUCUUGACUGCCAGUAGCCUUAUUACUCAGGAACUCAGGAAGUGCUGUUCUCACAGCCUUCUUUUAGGCUCGUCCUCCGGUUUUCGUCCCUUUACAUUGCAUGCUAUCCACUUCUGUCCUCUUGCUUUUUUGGGUCUUAUCCCCCCUGGUGCCUCACCCCUUUGGGCUCUCCUCCCUUCACAACCAGCAGCGCCUGGCAGAUGUGGUGAGCGUAAGGCUCAGAACCUACGAGUCUGUUGAUGUUGACAUAUGGAACCGUGUAGUCGGGAUCCACACAGGACACUCGCUGCGGGGCUGUGAGAUGCUUUGCGGAUCCGGUGGUCCCCAUUCGUUCAAAGCGCGCACAAGGUACAGGCAGGUCUAUACAUAGCCAUGUAUCCAGACC